UAGAGAAUUAAGUUCAUGACAAAUAACUUCAAUUCACUCCAAUUCAACUUGACGCUUACUCUUUGUUCUCUGUCACCUUUGCCAUUCUAUCUGAAGCUAAUAGCAAACACGGGGCAUAUGGAUUUGUCAGUAGCACAGCCUGAACAAGCAAAUACUUCAUUUGAACUUGCGUAACGCAACAAAUCAGCUCGCUGUACUGCCCGUUUGGCUUACCCUUGGCCUCAGUCAGCUUGAUUCAAGGUCUCACAUACCUACACAUAGUACAUCGGCCUACAUAAAAGCCAAAGGUCGCGGCAAUAGCUACAAACGUCAACUUCUAAACUAUUAACCCUCACCUAAACGCUCUAUCUAAAAUCCACUUAGUCUAGCUAGGCAGGUACCUACCUAAUAAAAGGUAACUAUACUUACCUAUACUAUAAUAUCAACGGUCUUGAAACACUAUAAUGUGUUUCGGACACAAAGAUAACGCCGACGAUACCGCUCCCAAACCCGCUCCAAUUCGACCAUCAUCAAGCAUCACAAAGCCAAAAGCCAGCAUGCCGCAAGAAUACGCGCCUCCGCCCGGCCCGCCGCCGUCUUACCCAUCCCAAUCUCAGUCACAGUCUCAAUCUACCUACUAUGCCCCACCGCCAGGACCUCCUCCUUCCCAUUCCCAGUCCUACCAGCCUCCAGCAGGCCCACCGCCAUCAGACAUCAAGAAUAACCCGUUCUUCAACCAGGGUCCCAAUGCUGGAUCCCAAGACGAGGAGUACGCCCCGCCACCCGGCCCGCCACCAUCUCACGGACAGUCAUCAAAACCACAGCACGACUGGGAGACAGCGGUUCCGGACACGGCACUACUACCCCCACCGCCCGAUUUCUUCGCCGGAUACGACCGCUCGCCCUCAAAUAACGCAUCUAAAGACGAAUGCGAAGCAGGCGAAUCCUGGUGUCGGGAGCACCCGCUCUACCACCCCGCACCUCUAAACGCCAACACAAGCGCCACCACAGCCGCCGUGUCAAGCGGCAACAUAACCGUCUACGCACCCCCCUCCUACCUCGCGAAAGGGGGCACCCUAACGCAACCCGAACCCGGAGUCUGGCGCGGCCAAAGCACGCGCGGGAUCCCAGACUCAUGUCUAGCGACCUGGCCGCCCUUAUACCAAGCCAGCGCGCACAGUCCGCUAACCACAGGGCGGACGAAGAUUAUAUACUACGAAGUGCGCAUCCUACACGACACCUCCCGAAACCCCGAAAUCGGCCUCGCGCUCGGGUUUUCCGCGCCGCCGUACCCGGCCUUCCGACUCCCCGGAUGGCAUCGCGGCAGCGUGGCUGUGCAUGGCGAUGAUGGACACAAAUACAUCAACGAUCGAUGGGGCGGGAAAGAUUUCACGGGUCCGUUUCGGAAAGGGGAGACUAUUGGGAUAGGGAUGGAGUUUGGGGCUAGGGAAGAAGGAGGGAUCAGGACGCAGGUUUUCAUGACGAGGGACGGGGUCGAGAGGGGGAGGUGGGAUUUACAUGAGGAGACGGAUCGGGAGCAGGAUUUACCUGUUACGGGGCUGGAGGGUUAUCAUGACUUGUGUGCUUCGGUGGGGUGUUUUGAGAAGGUGGGGUUUGAGAUUGUGUUUUUGCCGGCGUUGUGGUUGUGGAGGGGGUAUGAGGGUUGAUUUAUGCCUUUGGCUUGUGUGGUUGCUGGUUUGGGGGAUGAGGGUUAGCGAUGGGUUUAUGGUGGCUAGGGGUACGAGCGUUAAGGAGGGAGGUUGUUAUUAAGCGUAGGUAGCGAUGUAUAUACCUAGAGGCUUGGUGUAAAUUUGAUAUUAGCAAUGUUUGCUCUUUUGCCUGGAUUACACUUGCAGAAUUUAUGGAAUAUGUAAUCGACCUGUACAC